CAUUAGGGUAGCGCGGUUUGACAGGGCAGCACAAAUCGACAGAACACCGGCUGUAUUGUAUUUGUAUCUGAGCGGCGCUGAGCGGCUAAUCUGUGCUGUUUAUUCCUCAGCUUCUCACGGCGUUGUGAUUGGUGGGCGGUGCUCCUCAGAAGAUGAUUGAUUUUAAGGCGUGGGCGGAGUAUGUGGUGGAGUGGGCGGCAAAAGACCCGUACGGUUUCCUGACCACGGUGAUCCUGGCCCUGACGCCGCUGUUCAUCGCCAGCGCUCUGCUCUCCUGGAAACUGGCGAAGAUGAUCGAGGCUCGAGACCGAGAGCAGAAGAAGAAGCAGAAGCGUCAGGAGAACAUCGCCAAAGCCAAGAGAGCCAAGAAAGACUGAACUCAGAGUCCCGGGACGCCCAGGGACCAGAACACGAGUUCCCCCCCUGCUCUCCGCCCCGUCCCCCGCGGGGCCCGGGGCCACACCCAGCCUAACGAGCGGCCUUAACGAGCGCCUUAACGAGCGCCUGGAGAGCACGAGGAGAGGGCUGAUCUAUAACGAGCACUUAUUAUUCGCAGGACUGCAGUGUUUGACUGGUUACAUUACAGAAAACUCACUGCAGAAUCUUCAUCAUCAUCAUCAUCAUCACUCAGCAUUCCAGUAAUUCCUCUGAUUCUGUUCCACCUCCAGUCCAGUGAAGUGUUUUUUUAAUGGUCGUAAAUAAAUAAAAUCUUGUGCUUAAUUUUC